AUGUCCAGCCAGCCCGCCUGGCCAUGUAUCCUGGCUGUCCCUGGCCCCAAACACGGUGCAGCUCCAGCCACCUCCACUGCUGUGUUCUGGAUGCUGCCGCCCAAGCAAGCCGUGCUGUGGCAUUUCGGUGGCCUAGAGCUGGGUGUUGUGACCCUGAGAACGCGGACCUUCGUCCCCAGCGCAGGCCCCGAGGGCCCUUUGGGGCGCCCGCGCCCGACCCCAGCGUCGGGGCCCCGGGUGGCCCCGCGCCCGACUUCCUGCACGUGGCCCCAGGCCCGCCGGCCGGCAGGGGCGCCGGAAGUCCCGCCCGCCGCCCCGGAAGUCCCGCCCGCCGCCCCGGAAGUCGUGAGUCUCGCCCGCGGAGUCGGGGCAGCUGCGGGCUCCACGCCGCCCCGGCCCCCGCCCCGCGCCGCCGCGCUGGCUUCCCCGGCCUCCGAGUGCUGGGCGGGGGGCAGCCGCCUCCGGCUGCUGCAGGCGGUGGACACCGCGUACACGGCGGACGCGGUGGAGUGGUGCCCGCUCGAGGGCUGCCGGCACCUGCUCGCCUGCGGCACCUACCAGCUGCGGGAGGAGGCGCGGCCCUGCCGCCCGGGCAGCGAGGACGGACUGAGGGCCCACGAGUUCCCCAGCCGCCUGGGCCGCCUCUACCUGUACAGCUUCAGCGAGGACAGCUCUGCUUGUCCCCUGACGGAGGUCUGGAGACGGGAGACCAACGCCAUCCUGGACAUGAAAUGGUGCCACGUCCCAGUGGGUGGCCACGUCCUUCUAGGCCUGGCAGACGCCGGCGGGUCCAUAGAGCUGCUGCACCUGGCAGAGUCCCAGGGUGCGUACAUGCUGCAGCCGCUGUCCCGCUUUGCCCUUGAGGGGCAGUCCCUGGCCUUGUCCCUGGACUGGUCUACCGGGAGAGCCAGCGGUGCCAGCGACCAGCCCCUGCGGGUCAUCAGCAGUGACUCCAGGGGGCGCCUCCAUCUGCUCAAGCUGAGUGAGGCGGACCCCGGGCUGCUGGACGUGGUCACGUGGAAGGCCCAUCACUUUGAGGCCUGGGUCGCCGCUUUUAACUACUGGCAGACGGACAUCGUGUACUCGGGCGGGGACGACGGGCUGCUGAAGGGCUGGGACACCCGAGUGCCUGACGUGGCUGUCUUCACCAGUCAGAGGCACGCCGCCGGCGUGUGCAGCAUCCAGAGCAGCCCCCACCGGGAGCACCUCCUGGCGACGGGAAGCUAUGAUGAGCACGUGCUGCUGUGGGACAUUCGGAACACGCGGCAGCCCUUGGCGGACACGCCCGUGCAGGGUGGCGUAUGGCGGCUGAAGUGGCACCCCUUCCUCCCGCACCUGCUCCUGGCGGCCUGCAUGCAUGGCGGCCUGCGGGUCCUCGACUGCCAGAAGGCCGUAGAGGACAAGCAGGACACGUGCACCAUUUGCAUGUCCCACACGCUGUCUGGCUCCCUGGUGUACGGCGCUGACUGGUCCCGGCUCUACUUUUACCACCUGCCCCAGGCCCAGCAGUCCCUGCUCUCAGCCUCCUGGCCCCAGAGCGACCCGGGACCCAGGCCGGACGGGAUGCCGGCGGGGGAGCUGGCAGCAUGCCCUUCUGACCGGCAAGUGGACAGGAGAGAGGACCACUCCAAGCUCCAGAAGGUGACCUCGGUGCAGCCGCUGCCCGAGGACGCGAGGAGCUGCAGCCUGCUGCACACCGUGGGGUCCAGCGUCUGUGGCAACGACCUCUAUCUGGACAUGGCGAACUUUGACCUCAGUCUUCUGGCCACUUGCUCCUUUUACGAUCAUGUUCUUCACCUUUGGAAGUGGGAGAACAGCUGAGCGUGGGGACGGAUGUUGGUUUGGGCAUAAAGAGCAUUUCUGCCAGUGAAGCCGAGUGCGACUUGGCGUUGUCUGAGGGAACUGCCAAGACCUCGCUGGCGUCUGCGCUACGGCCUUGGCCCAGGGGUUGGGGGGUUGCCAGAGCUGUAAGCACCACACCCCGAA